CCACAUCUAACCGGGCACUCACGAAUAUGGUAACACCCGUCCAAACCGAUACCCAGACAAGCAAAGGAGCCAUCACUUCGCCCAACACAAACAAGCAGCAGAUCAUCAUAGACAACCUUAUAAAGCUUGCCAAACAAGAACAAGACCGAGGCAAUACUUCCGUUACCCAGGAUAAACUUGCCAAGUUACAAGAGUACCUCAAAAGCAAAGACGCUGAGACCUACCCCAAGUUCAACAAGCUUCCCAAGGUCCCCAAGCCAAAAUACUCGCUGUUGUUCAAUAAGUUCGAUUUGAACAAGGCAGUCAGCAAUCCCAACAAACCUCACCCCCAGACCCAGCGCCCAGCCAGGAGGAGACAGUACUCGCCAUACCGGAAGUUUUCAUUGAAGAGACUCGAGUCGAUAGUCAUCGAAGUAUUGGAGACGCUAGCUAACAUUCUUGAUAACCUCCAUUUGUUCUCGCGAUUACCCAUGUUUCCACAAUAUUUAUUGAAGUUGCUCAAGCAAACCAACAAGCUUUGGGUGCUCAUCUUGGUGUUCUUGAUCCGCAAAACAGUGUCACAGCUUCUCAAUGUGAUACGGAAGGAGCGCAAGGUCAACGUCGAGUUAAAUCUUUUGAACUCUGCCAAGAGUAAUGCGGGCGUGGUCAACGAGGAUAUCAACAAGAAGUACAACAAGGUGCUUAAGGAUUUGAAGUUCGACAAAAUGAUGCUUAUCUUGGAGUUGAUCGGUAACUUCUUGGACAUGUCCUUCAACGUGAUUGAGCUUUACGGAAUCCCUGUGCCUGAUUGGUUCAUGAGUGUUUUGAACGCUGCCAGUAUGGGUAUGACAAUCUAUAGAAUGAACAAGGAUGAUGAGUACGUUGACGACGAUAUCACCGAGGACUUGAUAUAGGCCUAUUGGGUUCACCCUGUUCAACAGGUUUGGCACAAGUGAACAACUAUACUGAAAUACCGUUUGACUAUGACUAUGACUAUAACGGAUUCCCUACAGUGCAAUCCAGGAAUCAGAACUAUUUUUCGUACCAUCAACUAGACAGUGUCGCCAAAAUAGUACUGCAAACAGAUCAGUAACCAAAUCUAACCAGAUGAGUGAUCGAUGGUUAGCUAGUCAUCAUGUAAUGUAUGAAGCACCCGUCUGAGGAACGCUAACAUGAACCAGUUGUAGUCCUUGUAGUUAAUAUGCCAUUGCACCAAGGGAAGAAGUUCAAGUUGAUUGUGCAGUAUCAGGAAUUAUUUAGAUAAUGUCGUAUUUUGAAGCAGAAUUGAAUACAUAAACAGACUUACGAUACUAGAAC